GCCAUCCGCAUUGCGAGAGAGCGAACCUCCUCCGCGCGCGUGUGGUGCAGCACCACAAGGCACAAGGCCCAAGGCCCAGCACCAAAAGCUGGGUUGCCAUGAGAAAUGGCUGCAAUCACCACAACCGACCAUGGCCCGUCCAACCUUUUUUGAUCUAAAACCACAAUGAUGGGAUCUGUUCCCAUGCCCUCCCUUCCCAUCCGCCCUUCCCCCCUCCACCAUCAAUUCUUCACCCUCAACCAUCUCCCACCACCACCAUCAUCAUCACCAUCACCGCCGUGACGCCCGUCCAACGCUCUGCCCCCGUCGCCGGCGCCAGCUCCAUGCAAAUUCAACCCACACGCCCAAACUAGGAUCCCACACACCAACGACCGUCCACGAUCCGGCCCAGCCCUGGCCUGCAGUGCACACGCAACCACUGCUGACUGACUGACUGACUGGCAAUCAAUCCACCCCCAUUCAUCACCAACCCAACGCCCGAGCCAAGCCUCGCUCCAUUCUCCUUCACCCUUCUUUUCCCGUCACCGAAACUGGCACACGGCCGUCUUGGUCUCCGACUCGGCAACCAAGCCAAUUUUUGCCUCUGCUGUCUUUGACUGCCUUUCUCCCCUUCAUCCAACUUUCUUAUAAAGGCGACAGCAGACUUCCGUUUUUCAACGGGUCGAUUGUUUCUGUGCUGCAACACCACCACCACCUCCUCCACCUGCACCAGAACAACUCGACACGAUGGCACCAUCAAGCAAGUCUACUCCUGCAAAGGACCGACGCAAGUCUUCGGCGAGCACAACCUCGGCCACCUCCAAAGUCAUCACCCUCAAGGUCCACCCCGACAGGCUGCGAGCGGUCCUCGACCCAGCAGCAUCCGACGCCGCCAAGGAGGACACCCCGAUGAAGGAUUCCAACGACUCGCCCUCAGUCUCCACGCCGCAGCCCAACGGCGCUGCUGCCAACCCCGACAACGCCUCCGACUCCAACCCUGCGACCCCCGGCAACGGCGGCACACCUGCCCCGUCCGUCAUGGGACCGCCGGGCGACGGCCAGGGCCCAAAGAAGAAGGGCGUCAAGAGAUCUGCGGCUGCAACAAAUGGGGACGCUCCGCCUAAGGUCCGGGGCAAGCCAGGCCCCAAGAGGAGAAAAGUCAACGACGACGGCACCCUCGAGCCCCGAGCCGCUGCCCACCGGCUGGGCCCAAAGGCCAACCAGGGCGCCAUCAACGCAGGCCUGCGCGCCCUCGACCGCAGCGGCAAGCCGUGCCGCAAGUGGACCAAGGGCAGCUUCCAGCUCAAGACCUUCACGGGCGUGCAGUGGCAGAUCAACCGGUGGACCGCCCCGCCCAAGCCCAAGCCGGCCGACGAGUCCUCCACCCCGGACGAGAACGGCGUGCCCACGUCGACGCCCGCCUCGGCCGACGGCAGCAGCAGCAAGGAGAACAAGGAGAACGGCGCCGGCAACGCCAACACCAACGGCGCCGGCAAGAGCGAGAACAACAGCAUCUCGGGCGCCGACGUCGAGAUGCGCAGCCUGCCCAGCGUCCAGGCCAGCUCGCCCGCGCCCAUGCCCAUCGCGGCGGGUGCCUAGGGGGGUCUGCUGCGCGGGGGGACCUGCCACACAAACCCCCCCGGCCAGGGCUGAGGGGAUCAGAGUUUCACCCUCAGCAGCACGUGUGUACAGCCUAUAUUCUUGUGUGUUCAUAUAGUCAAGGCGUUUGAGGAAAGGGAAAGGAAAGGGUCUACGAAAAACCGGUUCCGGAGGGUCUUCUAUCAUCUACUUUUUUUAUUGCUGCAACGGAAGACAAGUUUGGUUUGUCUUUUAAGGGGAAAUACCAAGGCUCGGGCCCUCGUUUGGGUCCCUUCAUUAUGGAUGGUGGACAAAACGGCAUGUCGGGCGGCGUUCUUGAAGGGAUGAUGAGUUUUUUUUCUUCUUUUUUUUCUUUUUUUUUUUCCAAUUCUGCGGUAGAUUCUUGGCUGGAUUAAAGCCAAAUAUUGGUAUUACCUGA